GAGUGGCUGGGUGAUGUGGAAGGUCGAUCGCUGAGGUCUGCAGCGGAAAGGCAGCCCGGGCACACCUUCCUCCUUUCGCCAGGGAGGCUCCGCUCUCGUGCGCGCAAGCGAGGAGCUGCCGCCGCUGCCUCUAAAGACUCCGACAUCCGGCUGGGGAGGCCAAGCAACUUCCAGCAGCAGCUGCGGCAGGAAAAGCCCCAAAAGGCUCCGCGCGCCCCGCAGCAAAAAAGAUGGCCUCUGCAAAUGACACCCGGCAGGCACCCAAAGAUGCCGCCGACCAGAAUUUUGAUUACAUGUUCAAGCUGCUGAUCAUUGGCAACAGCAGCGUAGGCAAGACGUCGUUUCUCUUCCGAUACGCCGACGACUCCUUCACUUCGGCCUUCGUCAGUACUGUGGGCAUAGACUUCAAGGUCAAGACUGUCUACAGGAAUGAAAAGAGAGUCAAGCUGCAGAUCUGGGACACAGCCGGCCAAGAGCGAUAUCGGACGAUAACAACAGCCUAUUACAGGGGAGCCAUGGGCUUCUUACUCAUGUAUGAUAUUUCCAACCAGGACUCUUUCAGUGCUGUACAAGACUGGGCAACUCAGAUCAAGACUUACUCGUGGGACAAUGCGCAAGUGAUUCUAGUCGGGAACAAGUGUGACCUGGAGGAUGACCGAGUGGUACCCACUGAGGAUGGCAAGAGGCUGGCGGAUGAGCUAGGUUUUGAAUUCUUUGAGGCCAGUGCCAAGGACAACGUCAACGUCAAGCAAGUCUUUGAGCGCUUGGUGGACAUAAUCUGUGAGAAGAUGAACGAGAGCCUGGACACCAGCCCUGGCAUGGCCAGCAACAAUCACAAGAACACUGCCCUGAAUGAGACACCACCUGCACAGUCCAGCAGUUGCUCUUGCUAGAAAGGACUCUGCCCCCCACCCCUUGGACCCUGUAGCAAUUCAUUGUCGUACAUAGAGAGGAAGGCUCAGCAGCUGCGCACCUCUUCACCUGACCUCUGGUUGGCUGAUCUGCCCUGCUUGCCUCUGGCUGUACCUGUUUUGCCUCUGGCAGCAUGUGCCAGCUGCCCAGUCCCCCUCUGCCCACACCCACCCACCCCAUAGCAUGAUUGGCAUUUUCUACCAGAGGAGCAUGAUUGCCUGUUCUCUCUGCCCUUCUCUCUCUCUCUCCAAGACACACACACACUCCCUCCUUCCAGUAUACAACCUCUCUUUGCAUCCCGGGUGAUGCUGAUCCACCUCCAGAUCAGUGGAGAACUUCCCCCAACUUCUUUUCAAGUCUCCAGCCAAACUCAAAUCGUUUACAUACAUGACCAGCCAAUCCUGCCUGUAUCGCUGAAGAAAUUGGGAGGCCAGUUCUCUUUUUGCCAACUUCAGCCUUUUGCAAACUUCUCCGCUAUUUAAAAAAAAUAAACCCAGUGGCAGUUUGA